AGCGGUUUUCCGUUCUAUAUUGCCACAAAAUAAGUAAAAGAGAUCAACAUGGCUUCCGCGUCGAGAAAAGAGCUCUUGGGCAAAGUAUACAAAAUCAUACCACCUAUGCUCGAGAGCUUCCACAAAGGUCAAUUGGGCCGCGUCGCUGUCAUCGGCGGCAGCGAAGACUACACAGGUGCACCAUACUUCUCCGCAAUGGCAUCUGCGAAGCUCGGAUGCGACAUGUCCCACGUGAUAUGUGAGCCUGGAGCCGGUGCGGUCAUCAAGACCUACUCUCCAAACCUCAUGGUGCACCCCUACAUGCGACAAUCGAAGAACCUCGCGCAGAACGAGUCCGUCGAAUCCGUGGCUUCGGAGGUCGUCGGCAUGCUCUCCCGGCUGCAUGUCAUUGUCAUCGGCCCUGGUCUCGGCCGCGACAAGCUCAUGCAAGACACCUGCGCGCAGGUGAUUCAAGAGGCUAGGAAGCAGGGGAUUCCGUUCGUCCUGGAUGCCGACGGAUUGUUCCUGGCGCAGACUCGACCGGAGCUCGUCGAUGGGUGCACGGAGUGUAUCUUGACGCCCAAUGUUGUGGAGUUUGGACGAUUGGCAAAGGCUAAGGGUGUUGAUAUCAACGAGGGCGAUCCUACUGAAUUGUGCUCUAAGCUUGCGAAGGCGUUCGGCGGUGUGACUAUUGUUCAGAAGGGCGCGAAGGACUACAUUUCAAACGGAAAGCACACUCUUGUCUCUGACGGAGAAGGUGGACUCAAGAGGAGUGGCGGACAAGGUGACACGCUGACGGGAAGUUUGGCCACAUUGCUAGCUUAUAGAAAGGCAUAUCAUGACAAGAUAUGGGAUCAUGAAGGUGAAAUGGACAGGAGCGAGACGUUGGCACUUGCUGCCUAUGGCGGCAGUGCGGUCACGAGAGAGUGCUCGAGAUUGGCUUUCAAGGAGAAGGGAAGGUCGUUGCAGGCUGCCGACUUGACUGAGCAUGUGCAUCAAGCUUUCUUGAACACUAUCGGGGAGCCAGGUAGCAAGUUGUAGGUUGUGUGCCGGAUUGAUACAUCGAAACUUUGAGUAUAUGAAUCACGAAACCAUAUAUGGAUGUUAUGAUCUUCUAGAAUAAUUCCUAUUGAUAACUGGUUCUGUGUGAGAA